CCCGCACACACGCCAAUGAUCUAUUUUUAGGGGACGAAGAAAACCUUUCAUCUGUCAUCCUUCGGCUUACUCACUAUCUCCUUGUCGUCAUCUCUUUUUUCGUUCAUUCGUUCAUUUCCUUCAUUCUCUUUCUUCUUUCCUCUUUCUCUUUUUCUUUUGAAUUACCCUUCUCUCUCCCUCACUCUCUUUUUCGCCUUUGUCUCUUUCCACCUUUCUCUCUUUCUUCUGCAUCACCAAUAUUUCCAGGACUUCACAGGACUUUGACAGGAAUAAGGAAUACUUUCAGCAUUAAAUAACUAUAUACAAUCAUUAGAUCCAUGACAGCAUCCAGGACUAUCAAACUCUCCCUCUUCGUCUUCUUAUUCUCCACGGCCAUUCAGCCUGCUAUUACUCAAGGAGUACCGGAUCCUAUCAUAGAGACCUGUCUCAGUGUUGGCUGCAGCACUACAGCCAAGCUCUUAGAGCCCUGUGGUGGAGGAGCCACCAACUCGUCACUUCAACAAAACUUUGUCUACACUGUGACGCCCGUAUUGGGCUCUUGUGAGUGUAAUUCUCAGUUCUUCAAUGCCUUCUCUCAAUGUCUGUCCUGCAUUGCCUCUCAAGCAAAAUCAAGACCCACGAUUGACAAUCAACAAAACUGGGUGGCGGACUGUAAAACCUAUGGGUUCAACUUCACAAAUGAACCUCUUCCCAAUUAUGUUGCCCCUAUUGGUGGGCCCGAUCCUUCAAAAGGCGGAUUGGCUGGAGGAGCAAUUGCAGGAAUUGUGAUUGCAGUUUUGGCGGCUGUGGGAGCGAUUGCUGCGGGAUUCUUCUUGUUUAGAAACAAGAGGAGACGUACAAAGGGUGGUAUUUUUGAACGGCCUUACUCUGCUGCGAACACGGACAAUGAUGGAUAUGAAUCAACACCAUCGCAGCCUUCGUUCAAUACUUAUACCAACUACAACAAUGCUGGCUAUCCUGAUAAUCAUAAUUAUUCAGGUGGCUACUCGGAUGACCCGGAUCAGUCGUAUUACAACAAUAACAACUACAACAACAACUUUAAUCAACAACAGCAAUUAUAUAGCUCUGGUCAGAACGAUGAGCCCAUUAUGAUGGAGAAUCUCCAGCAUAGCACUUACAUUUCUCCACCUGCACCUAUGACGAACGAGGCCGUAGCUGCGGUCACAGCCGCUGCCGGAGGGACAAGCGGUCUUAGUCCUCUAGGCUCACCUAGACCUUCUGAUCAAUAUCCUCAGAGUUUAAGGAGCAAGAAUAACAUCUGGGGCGAGAAUCGUCAACAUGAAUACAGUUCAGACUUGGUUUCGACCAAUCAGGCGCUCCAUAACGAUAAAGCUGUUUAUGACGAAGCCGAAGAGCUGGAGCCACCUCGUGCGCGUGACAGAUUCCAGAACGACCGAGAUGAUUACACGAACCGUCGAUCGUUGACGCCACCCCGAGCCAACAUGCAAUCGUAUAGAGAUGAAUUUCAGAGACCCAGCUUUGACAGAGAACCCCGACGUAAUAGCGGCUCUGAACGCGGUUCAGUCACGGGUUUGAAUCUGACGUCUCGUCCUAUUCCAAGUGGUCUUGCAAGUGGUCCUAUCACAGGUUAUGACAGCAAUGAUGAAGAUAGUCCUGAGAAUGCUCGUCGUCGUCGAGCUGCGGAGCUGUUCUCUGCAGAGGGUACACGACGAUGAAGAAUCACUCAUUACCACCAUAUCAUACAUCAACAGGACAAAAAUACUAACUCACUCCAUCCCCCCAUCAAAACAUUCAUGUGCAUGCAUGGGAAGCCCUUUUUUUGCCGUUCACGUUAUCCAUUAAAUCACCCCUUUUUCCUCAUUUUUACCCUUCAGCUUCAGAUUUUGUAUACAUUUAAUAAAGACACUCACACUUUAAAAGAUGGGAAGUUAACUCAUC